AUGAAAAUUACAGAGUUAAACCAGUCUGAUCACUGCGUGUAUUUCUUUUGUCCAGAGAGAUCUGUAUCUCCUGCAGUUUAUGUUUUCUUGUACAUGGGUUCAGCUGCCGUGGUUCUACUAACAGUGUGUGGAAAUCUGCUGGUCAUCAUCUCUGUUUUGCACUUCAAGCAGCUUCACACACCUACUAAUAUGCUCAUACUUUCUCUGGCUGUGUCAGAUUUACUUGUUGGUAUUUUACUGAUGCCACCAACGUUGAUCUGGACAAUUGAGUCAUGCUGGAUCUUUGGGCGAGGUUUCUGCACUGGUGUGUGGUUAAUUGCUGGUGUUUUAUUAACUGUAUCUAUCUAUAAUGUUGUUUUAAUCUCUGUUGAUCGCUAUCUGGCUCUUUUUAUACACAAACACAGUCUCUACAAAAAUGAUGUGCAACAUGGUUACAUGAAACUGUCUGAGAGAAAAGCAGCUAAAGUCCUCGGCAUUUUAGUGUCUGUGUUUCUGGUGUGUUUACUUCCAUAUUUUAUUUAUAGUUUGUUAGGUGGCAUUAUUGAACUACAAUUAGGAAUAAUUCAGAACGUUUUGAUCAUGCUUUAUCUUAACUCCACAAUUAAUCCAAUUGUAUAUGCUCUUUUUUACCCAUGGUUUAGGAAAUCAUUUCAAUUAGUUAUAACUUUGCAUAUAUUCCAGACAGACUCCGCACUAAUCAAUGUUAUUUCAUAA